CUUUGAAAAGCUUCUUUCAUGUCGAGUUUCUCUUCCUGAAACUCUGCCUCUCUCUCUAUCGCAAUUCUAACGCCUCCUAAACAUCAACAUCACUAUUGGCGUAACAAGUUAGUCGUACUUAAUCAUUCGUUAAUGGCGACAGCAUUAUCCGUAACAUCUCCACAUCGUUCGUCAUGUCUCUUGAGAUUCCGUCGCGAUCCGACAUCAACCCGGGAAACCCUUCUGAGUUUCGGGUUACGUUCCAGACAUAACCAGAUUCGAUGUGAGAGUUUACGUUCCUCGUCGGAAAGCCGUGUGACAAGAAGAGGUGAAGCGGUGGUGACGGCGGCAAAGAAGAGACAUCAAUCACCGGAAAGAUGCGCGGCGGAGGGAAUACUUAUCGGUGGAGGAGAGGUGGAGGUGGCAAGGGAGGUGGGGAAGUUGAUACCGGAGAGGAUGAAAGUAGUGAUGUUGACGGCGUGCAUGAUGUGUCUUUGUAACGCCGACAGAGUUGUGAUGUCUGUAGCGGUGGUUCCACUCGCCGAGAAGCUUGGCUGGUCGAGUUCUUUUCUAGGGGUAGUUCAGUCCUCCUUUUUAUGGGGUUACAUUUUUUCAUCGGUUAUUGGAGGAGCAUUGGUGGAUCGUUAUGGAGGAAAAAGAGUAUUGGCUUGGGGAGUCGCAUUGUGGUCUUUUGCCACUCUACUCACUCCAUGGGCAGCUGCACACUCGACCGUAGCCUUACUGUGUGCCCGAGCCUUCUUUGGUCUCGCUGAAGGUGUUGCAAUGCCCUCCAUGACUACUCUUCUCUCUCGGUGGUUCCCCAUGGAUGAACGAGCCAGUGCGGUUGGUAUAUCGAUGGCAGGGUUUCACAUGGGAAACGUCGUGGGACUUUUGUUAACACCGCUCAUGUUAUCUUCUAUAGGAAUCUCUGGUCCAUUCAUUCUUUUUGCGUCCUUAGGUCUAUUGUGGGUGUCCACUUGGGCAAGCGGCGUUACAAACAACCCUCAGGACAGUCCUUUCAUCACUAGGUCAGAGCUGAGGCAAAUCCAGGCUGGAAAACCGGUUCAUACGCCAACCAGUUCAACCAAGCCUAACCCAUCUUUGCGCCUUCUUUUGUCGAAGUUGCCUACUUGGGCCAUCAUUUUCGCUAAUGUGACUAACAAUUGGGGAUACUUUGUUCUUCUCUCAUGGAUGCCUGUUUACUUCCAGACGGUGUUUAACGUGAAUUUGAAGCAAGCGGCAUGGUUCAGCGCUCUUCCAUGGGCCACAAUGGCGGUCUCGGGAUACUUUGCUGGCUCAGCAUCAGACUGCUUGAUCAGAACUGGUCACUCUGUGACCUCUGUCCGAAAGAUCAUGCAGUCUAUCGGAUUUAUUGGUCCAGGGUUGUCUCUGCUAUGCCUGAACUACGCAAAAUCGCCUUCUUGCGCAGCGAUUCUCAUGACCAUUGCAUUGAGCUUGAGUUCCUUUAGCCAAGCUGGGUUCCUCCUCAAUAUGCAAGACAUCGCACCGGAAUAUGCUGGUUUCUUGCACGGUAUUUCAAAUUGUGCGGGUACGUUGGCUGCGAUCGUUAGUACAAUAGGGACGGGCUACUUCGUGCAGUGGCUCGGUUCCUUCCAGGCGUUCCUGACGGUGACGGCGUUUCUUUACUUUGCAACGACCGUGUUCUGGAUCCUUUUCGCCACCGGAGAACGAGUCUUUUAGAUCCAACAGGCUAUCCUUAUAAACUUACAGAGCAAUAUGAUACCAGAAAAAAGAUACUGAGAUACAAAUGAUUGUUUUUUUUCUGGAACAUAAUAUAUUUUUGUACGUUGUUUUUCCUGUUUUCUGAUAAAAACUU